GCUGGCAGCAGAAUGACUAUUUUGCUUAUUUGUUCACACUUUUGUGGUGAAAAGUGGCAUUUCUGAUCUUCCUCUAAAAUUGGAGAGUAAAAUGAAGCGAUCAGCUCCUCUCAUGCACACACACACACUGCAGAUAUGAUUCACCUUCUGAUUCUCGCUGGGGUUUUACUUCACAUUGGAGGUAAAUGGUUAUAAUUCGUUUAAAAUUGCAUUGUUAAACUAUUAAAUGGUCUGUUGUUUACUUGAUGUGUUACAGUUGUUUACUUUAAUGCUAGUUAUUGUUCACUAUACAUUUACUUUAUUAGUGUGUGUGCCAUUUAUGAUCCCCUAAUGUUUUUUUUACACUUAAUCUUGUCUACAGAUGGAGCUUGGGUUAUUAAUCCAAAUAUAAGAGUGAAAUCUGGUUCACCAGGCAUUAUUCCAUGUCUAUAUAAAGAACAAUAUAAAGAACACCAGAAGUUUUGGUGUUGGGGGACAUUUUGGAGCACUUGCUCUAUAUUGGCUUAUGUAAAUGGAACAAGAAAUAAAUUCUCCAUCACUGAUUAUCCAGCUCAGAGUAUCUUUACAGUGGAAUGGCAGAAUCUGCAGCCGUCAGACUCUGCAUAUUACUGGUGCGCUGUGGAGAUCGGUGGUCCUGGGACACUAGACGCUGGUUAUUUUUUGUAUCUGACGGUACAAUCAGCUCCUGAUGUGUCUGUGAAGAGCAGCAGUGUAUCUGGACAUGAAGGUGGUAAUGUCAGUGUUCAGUGUUUAUACCGUUCUGGAUAUAAGACUUACAACAAACAGUGGUGCAGAGUUAAAGAUAAGAGCUGUUUCACAGAGGAAAAGACGGACACAUCCCAGAAUUUAUCAGUGCAGAUCAGUGAUGAUGGUAAAAGCUUCUUCACUGUGCUGAUGACUGGACUGAACCUCUCUGAUUCUGGAUGGUAUUUCUGCUCUGUUGGAGAUCUGCAGGUUCCUGUUCAACUCACUGUCACUAAACCUGAACCCAAAGUACUGACAACUCCGAAAUAUACAUCUGAGACAGAAAUGAACACAACACAACUCUCCAACAACACAACUUCUACAAUCAUGCAUUCAACGAUAAACAAAGGUGAACAAAUUAAGAAAGAAGAACGUGUUGACAGCAGCACCAUGAAUACUAUGCCCUCUGAAAACCAAAUGACAUCUAUCAGUCCUGCAGAAGCUGAUUCUUCUGCUGACGAUCCUUCAGUGCUUUACAGUCCUGUCUCCUUUACUAAGAAACGUUUAUCAUCAGUGGAUCCAGAACCUGAUGUGGUCUACAGCACUGUGAUGAAAGAUCGCAAAACUGUGAGUUCAUAACAUACAGAUAUAAAGAGGAAUCCUUUAUUGAAGCAGUUAGAAAACGUGAUAGUCAUUUACUGUAAUUCAGUAGUAAGACAUCAUAUGUACCAAUGUUCAGUAUAGUGCAGUAUGCAUGGAGAUAGUAAUUAUUGUUAUUUUUAAAAAAAUCAUAUUUCAAAGUU